UUGGAGCGGGACGGUCGUGUCACUCAAAUUAAAUUACCUUACCACACACAUGUAUGAAGCAAAUAACAUAUCGUAAUUAAUUCCAAUAUUUUACUUAGUGAUAUGACUAGUUUAUCUUUCUUCAACGAUAAGAGAUUGAUAAUUACGGAUGUACCUACGAGUAUAGUAUAAUUGUGUCACAAUGAAGUAUGGAAAAAAUGUUGUGUUGUUCACACUUUUUGCAAUGAAUCUAGUCGAUCAACCCACGCCAGAGGUGACGAUUGCCCAAGGAACUUUGACCGGCAAAAUAAGUAGCGAUGGAUCGAUAUACGAAUACAUGGGAAUACCGUACGCGAGUACUAAUUCGAGCAAUCGAUUUAAGGCACCCUUACCUCCACCAUCUUGGGAAGGAACUUUCAAGGCCACUGACGAAAUAUAUUCAUGUCCACAAGUUACGCUAUUAGGAUAUAUGGGCACCGAAGAUUGUUUGAAAAUAAAUGUAUACGUACCAGCGUUUGCUAAAAGACCUCUCCCAGUGAUGGUCUUUAUUCAUGGAGGAGCAUUUCUGAUUGGCAGUGGAGGGAAAAUAAUCAACGGAGCUGAUUUUCUAGUCAAGCAAGAUGUUAUAGUAGCUGCAUUCAACUAUAGGUUAGGAGCUCUAGGUUUUCUCUGUUUAGGAAUAGAAGAAGCACCGGGAAAUGCAGGUCUGAAAGACCAAAUAGCAGCAAUAAGAUGGGUCAAGCAAAAUAUAGCCGCUUUUGGGGGUGAUCCUGAAAACGUCACAAUUUUUGGUGAAAGUGCCGGAGCUGCGUCUACUGCCAUAUUAGUAGCCAGUGAAACUACGAAUGGAUUAUUUAACAGAGCAAUUAUACAAAGUGGUACUUCAAUAUCUAAUUGGUCGGUAAACAGGAAACCGUUGUGGUGCGCGAGUCUCUUGACGAAAGAAUUGGGUUAUGAAACAGAAGACCCUCAUGAAAUAUACGAAAUACUAUCGAAAAUGCCUUAUAAAGACCUUGUCAAGUUAAGACCAAAGAAACCACUGGGAAUGUAUUUUGAUACACAGCUAAUUCAUCUGCCUUGCGUGGAGAAAUCAUUCCCUGGCGUUGAACCGGUUUUAACGGAUUUACCAUUUAAUGUACUAUCGCGCAAUCCAAAGAAUAUAACAUUAAUGACGGGCUCUAAUAGUAAUGAAGGAUUGUUUUUAGUAGCUCGUGAAAAUGCUGAUACUUUAGCUGAAAGAAAUACUCAUUAUUUGUUUGCAUCAGACUUAGAAUUUGAAAAUGAGGACAAAGCGGCUUUUGUUGCUGAACAAGUAAAGGAAUUUUAUUUUGAAGAUAAACCUAUUAGUUUGAAUACUAUAAUGAAUCUCUCUGCAGUGUACACUCAUUUGUAUUUUGAAAUUCCCAAUAUUUUUGAAAAUGAAUUGUAUCUGUCUCACAGUAACGGCACUGUAUAUAAUUACUUUUUUGAUUACGAAGGAGACAGAAAUGUUGUGAAGAGACUUACCGGAUUCAAGAAAGAAAGAGGCGCAUGCCACGCGGAUGAAUUGUUUUAUUUACUAGAUUCAAGAAUUUGGCCAUUUAGAAUAAGUAAAAAUGAUCAGGAGAUGAUACAUUUUAUGACAACGCUCUGGACAAACUUUGCGAAAUAUGGGAAUCCGACACCCCCUUCACAAACAGAUCUACCUAUUCAAUGGUAUCCGAGUGACAAAGAAGAGCUUAGAUUUCUCUACAUACAAGAUCAUUCUAGAAUGGGCUCGAUGCCUAAUCCUAAGGCGUAUAAAUUGUGGAAAGAUAUUUACACGAAGUACAGGCGGACGAAUGUUAGUGAUUAUUCUUAUUGAAUAAACGCAUGUUGAAUAACGCAACUUUAUUUUUU